CAGCGUCAUCUACAAUCCCGCCUCAAGGGUCAACUCAAGAUGCAUCGCAGCCGCAUGAAGUAGAGAAUAAACCAGCGCCAGCCGGUAAUGGCACCAUGAAGGCAGUGCGCUUCCAUGGCAAGGAGGACCUGCGGGUAGAAGACAUCCCGGAACCGAAGUGCGGUAAGGGACAGAUUAAGGUGAAGCCUGCUUGGUGUGGCAUCUGCGGUAGUGAUUUGCACGAAUACCUAGGUGGACCGUCAAUAUGUCCAACCGAUCCUCAUCCGAUCACCGGAGAAUUAGAAGUCCCGGUGACCUUCGGCCACGAGUUCUCUGGAGUAAUCGAGGAAGUCGGCGAUGGAGUCUCAAGCAAGUUCAAGAAGGGCGAUCGAGUGUGCGUGCAACCCAUCAUCUACGACGGCGACUGUGGCGCUUGCCAGGACGGGUUGAUCAACUGCUGCUACCAAAACGGCUUCGUGGGUUUGAGCGGCUGGGGUGGCGGCUUGAGUGAGCACAUUGUGGUUCCUGAGUAUGCGGUGUUCCACAUACCAGAUAACGUUGGCCUUGAUGUCGCAGCCCUGGUCGAGCCACUCGCAGUAGCCUGGCAUGCCGUGAAUGCCUCUCCCUUCAAACCAACAGAUUCCGUCCUGGUGCUCGGUGGCGGUCCGAUCGGCCUCUCAGUCAUCCAAGCUCUCCGAGCCCGCAACUGCAAGCAAAUCAUCGUCUCCGAGGUCUCCUCAAUGCGAAAGCAGUACGCCAAAGACUUCGGCGCCCAUGUUGUGCUCGACCCAACGAAAGAUGACAUCGUGGCAAGAUGCCGUGAGCUCGCGGACGGCCAAGGCGUACACGUAACCUUCGAUGCCGCCGGCGUGCAGUCUGGCCUUGACCAGGCGAUCCUGGCUCUGCGAGCGAGGGGCACGCAUGUCAAUAUUGCCAUAUGGGAGAAGAGAUGCAACUUCUUCCCGAAUGAUUUGGUGUUCAGGGAGAAAAGCUAUCUCGGUGUAGCGACGUACGUGGCUGGUGAUUUCCAAGAAGUGAUCAAUGCUAUCUCCGAUGGGAGAUUGGACAUGUGCAAGAAGAUGAUCACGAAGAGGGUUGGACUUGAUGAGGUUGUGGAAGAGGGAUUCAAGGCGCUGGUCAGGGAUAAGGACAAUCAGGUCAAGAUUUUGGUGCGAAGCUCCGGCGAAAUCUGAUGCGGUUUGACGCAGGUUUGAAGGCAUCCCGAGCAUGCGAAGUACGGUUGUAGGACGUUUGAUGAUGGAGACCUCAUCUUUGAAGUCAAGGUCCUGACUUUCA